GGCAGGCGGUUGCUAACUCCAGUAGAUGGCAGUAAUGCAACACUAAGGAUGCAAGCAUCCCGUUCAUACUCAAAGAAGAAGAAGAUGAAUAGUACACUCACUGUUUAGCUCAGCUAUACAACUAUAACAAGAUUGUGCGAUGGUUUUGACUCAAAGACGACCUGCACCCACCCCGUAUGACCGACACAGAAUCCAACAUUUAGCAGGUGAAAUUUGAGGUUCCACACAGGGUGACCCAUGCUUUCUGAUGAGCUUGACUCCAAACCAGAGCUGCUGGUGCAGUUUGUGCAAAACGCAUCCAUCCCGUUGGUGCAGGGUCUGGAGGACUCAGAGUCCAAACACCCCUGCCUGCCCCUGCCCCUGCCCCUGCCUCUGCCUCUGCUGCCUCCAGCUGAGAGCUCGCUGUGCAGCCCACUGGAGCUCACAGAUGGAGGCCUGAGCCAUGGGCCUGAGACUUCUCCCUCCCUGUCAGAGUUCGGAGGCGUGUCAGAGCGAGGCCCGUUAGUGGUCCAGACACACACUCAUCCACGGGCCUCACCCAGCCCCCCACCCAUCCUCCAUGACCUCCAACAGUCAGACAGCCCUUCCUACGUACUACUGAACCUUGCAAAAGGCAUCACAGCCUCCUCAGAGUCCCUGAUCUUCGCCGCAGAUGGCGCCGGGGAGGAUGACGAUGAGGGGGUCUCAUCAGGGGACUAUGGGAUCGAUGGCAGUGCUCCCUGGUAUCUGCGGGUACAAGAGCUGGCACACGACAGCCUGAUUGCCGCCACGCGGGCACAGCUUGCCAGAGAUGCCAAGGCCAGCCAAGACGCCAGAGCUGCAAGUGUCAGUAACGGUGACCACACACACAGUUUGACAGCAGACGGGGACAAGCGAGAGCUGCCGUCUCGGACCAGCCGCCCCCUCUCCAAGCAGAUCCUCCGCUGCUCCUUUGAGGGCUGCUGCAGGACGUUCACCUGGCCGGCUCAUCUCAAAUACCACCUCAAAACACACAGGAAUGACCGAAUGUUCAGGUGCGGCGCAGAGGGCUGCGGGAAGAGUUUCUACGUGCUGCAGAGGCUGCAGGUUCACAUGAGAACUCACAACGGUGAGAAGCCCUUCAUCUGCAAGGAGAAGAACUGUGGCAAGAAGUUCACCACAGCUGGAAACCUGAAGAACCACAGACGCAUACACACAGGAGAGAAGCCUUUUCUAUGCGAAGCAGAUGGCUGUGGGCGAUCCUUUGCAGAGUAUUCCAGUCUACGAAAACACAUGCUAGUACAUUCUGGUGAGAAGCCUCAUCACUGUGGGAUCUGUGGGAAGACUUUCUCUCAGUCCGGCAGCAGAAACGUCCACAUGAGGAAGAGACACGGAGAGGACGCGCUCAGCAGUGAAAGCAGAGAAACAGGCUGGUCUUUUGUAAAAGCAGAGCAAAGGAAGAUGCUGCUUCACAACAGAGGGGUACUUUCUGAGUUACUGGAUGAAUUAUUGACUCGACUGUGUUGGAAUAACUACAGUCCUGAAAAACAACAACAAAAAAAAACAUUUUCACACAAGCGUCAAAGGAGAGGCUCUGACACAAAGCAGCCUGCUGGAGGCAGACGGCGAAAAUGGAGAUGGUAUGGUCACCAUGACAACAACUGUUGAACCCAUGAAUCUUCACCAUGCCAUGCUGAGAUCACCAGGCUCUUCAGACUCAGUGGUUGUUCUCUCUCAGCCACAUGAACUGGUGACCAUGACGACAGAAGACCAUGCAUAUGGAGAAGAUGUGGUGGCGCUGCUGUAGUCUGCCAUUAUGAAAAAUGUCACACACUGCCUAACGCUAGACUGACAGUCACAUUGGACUAAACGUAGACAUCUCAUUUGUAAAUAGAUGAAUUGCUGACUUUCACCCCUGUAGAUAUUUGUAAUUAGCAACCGAUGAUGGUUUUAUUUUGACAAGUGUCAAAUGGCAACGUUUGUACAAACGACCUUUUUUUCUCUAGUUUUUGAAAACAAAUACUCCCAAAGAAAUACUGAGACGGGUUCAAAGUUUAUGAAAAUAUAAUGUCCAUGUGUUAUGUGCAUUAACAUUGUAAACAGCAGUCUGGGGUUGAAAUGCAGUGAUGCUAUUCUCCAACGGAAAAUGAGUGCCACUUAUUUUUUAUAACUUCAAUGGCUGAUAUGAUCGACUGUCAAAUUUAAAUGUACCAGACAUGUGUAUACCCCAUUAUCCUUAUUACUAACUACCAAACACUUGAUAUAGAAACUACCGGAGCACAGUAUAUCACAUUGCUGCAUGUAAACACUGGUCACAGCACAACCAGCUUAACAACUAAUUGUGUAUCCAGUAAUGGCCCAAAGCUGCACUAACUGAGUGUCAUUGGUAACAUCUUUCACUCUAAUGUCAACCUCCAGUGCUUGACUUGUUCUCCGAGUAGGAAACACAUUGCUCAUUUACAUCAACACUUGAGAAUAAUUGCUUCAUGAGAAAUUAAGAACUACUCAUGAGGUUGGCUCCCUCCUUAUGAAACACUGCAGAUGUCUGGGGCCGUUAGAUAAGGUAGUGCACGACGUUACCCGUGUUUGUUAUUGAGCACCACCUAAAUCAGCAGUGGCUGUUCCUCCCUUCUCAGUGGAUGUUCAGGUUGUGAAAGUGGUCCAACGUGGCGCCCAAUGCCCAGCUUGCCUCCACGUUGUUCACUUUUUUGGUCAACUAGGAGGGAAAAAAAACAACCCAACACCAAAUCACUCAAAUGCCUUUUAUAUUUAUUGAAAUAAAAAAGUUAACAGUU